AUGUCUAUUCCACGCAGUGUGGUGUUGCUGGUUUCCAUGGUAAUCAAGCCUCUUGCCAAACAAGAAGAAGCGCCUUAUGAACUCUCCGGUUUCCUCUCCUCCUGUGAAGGUCCGCCCCGGGUGUCGGAGCGGGUGUCCCACCGGCAGAGCAUUCGCCUGGGUCGCACCAUGAAGCUUCCCUGUCCCGUGGAGGGCGACCCCCCGCCGCUCAUCAUGUGGACCAAAGACGGCCGCAACAUCCACAGCGGCUGGUCGCGCUUCAGGGUGCUGCAGCACGCCCUGCGGAUUAAAGAGGUGGAGGCCGACGACACGGGAACGUACAUCUGUAAGGCCACCAACGGCUUCGGCAGCGUCAACAUCAACUACACGCUCAUCGUUAUCGAUGACUCCAGCUUGGGAAGAGACGGGGCUGGAAGGACCAAUGGGGACUCUGAGCUCACCCCCGAGCUUGCUGGGAAACUGGUUCGCCCACGGUUCACCCAGCCGGCCAAGAUGAGGAAACGCGUCAUCGCCCGGCCGGUGGGCAGCUCGGUGCGGCUGAAGUGCACGGCGAGCGGUAACCCUCGCCCCGACAUCGUUUGGCUGAAGGACAGCCGCCCGCUCGUCGGGGAGGACGAAGGAGCAGGAGGAGGUGCAGAGAGAGCUGCAGGAGGAGGAGGAGGAGGAGGAGGAGGGGAAGGGAGGAAGAAGAAGUGGACCCUGAGUCUGAAGAACCUGACACCAGAGCACAGCGGGAAGUACACCUGCCAUGUGUCCAACAGAGCCGGAGAGAUCAACGCCACCUACAAAGUGGAAGUCAUACAGCGUACCAACUCUAAACCCAUCCUGACGGGCACCCAUCCGGUCAAUACCACUGUGGAUUACGGGGGAACCACGUCCUUCCAGUGUAAAGUCCGCAGUGACGUCAAGCCGGUCAUCCAGUGGCUCAAAAGAGUCGAGGCGGGCGACGAGAACAAAUACAACUCCACCAUCGAGGUUGGGGACCACCGCUUCGUGGUCCUUCCCACUGGGGAGGUGUGGUCGCGUCCCGACGGCUCGUACCUCAACAAGCUGCUGAUAACCAGAGCCAAGGAGGAGGACGCCGGCAUGUACAUCUGUCUGGGAGCCAACACCAUGGGCUACAGCUUCAGGAGUGCCUAUCUCACCGUGCUGCCAGACCUGAAACCGCAUGUCAACCCUGUUCCCACGGCAACAGCCCCCAGCCUUCCUUGGCCCGUCAUUAUUGGAAUCCCGGCGGGCGUGGCCUUCAUCUUGGGCACCGCCCUCCUCUGGUUCUGCCAAUCAAAACGCACCUGCUCCAAUUCGUCGUCCUCCUCCGCCCUGCCCGCCUCCCAGCGUCCGGCGGUGACCAAUCGCGACCGAGCCUGCCCGCCGCUCCCCCAGCAGCCAGCCAGUGGGGAUAAGGAUUGUCUUUCUUAUGAGGACUACAUCGCCCACCAGCAGCAGCUGCUCCUCGCCCAGGGCGGAGCGGGAUUGGCUCCCAAGGUCUACCCAAAGAUCUACACGGACAUACACACGCACACACACUCGCACGUGGACGGGAAAGUGCACCAGCACCAGCACAUUCACUACCAGUGUUAGCAUCAAGGCGAGCGGUAAGCUUUGGCGUUGUCACCUUCAACUCUCCUCUCUGCUACAGAUGAACAUGUUAUGGGUGCACAGAGACUCAGUCGCAAUAGUCCAACCGGUUAUUGUCACACACUCCGUGGAGCCACAUUCAAAGCCCAUGAGGACUUGUGUCCAAAAAAGCAUGGAAAUACACAAAGUACAAUCUGUUGCUCCGCUCUGCUGACUCUUCCUGCUUCUCCUGCAGCCGCAGUCGAUACUGUACAGAGACUCAAUCAGGAAACAAUGAAGAAUGUAAAGAAAGAGACAACAGAAGUGCAUCACAAAGAGCAGCCACUCUGGGAGCCAGUCUGUUGAAACAAAUCAUCCAAGAUGUUUUACUCAAGCCUUUCUGGAUUUGUUUUUGUGCAGUUCCAUAAAUCUCAGCCGACGCUCCUUGAAGCCGAAUUUGAAGCGCAACCGAACCCGACGACUUCAAAGUAACCAGACGUCUUUGGCUCCCGUGUAACCCCCGAGCAUAUUCAGAGAGAUUUAUCUGUCUGCUUCUCAAGCACCUUGGACACAACUACAGCUUCCUCAGUAAUAAAAGAAAUGCAGCACACUUACCCGACACGAAUCGAAAUAUAUUUGUGUAUAUAACAGAAUACGAUCAUGGCAUUAACAUUUAGCAGGCUAUUCCUUCCAGAGCAACCUAUAGCGCGUAUGUACUGUAAUCACUUGUAUUCAGAGUAUAACUCAGGCGUCAGCCCAACUGAGCCAUAUGAACCACAGAACACAAAACAUUGUAUCCACUCCAUUGGCAAAGACCAGAAGGCUGCUGUUUUUUUGUUUUUUGAUUUUUUUUUUUUUUUUUUUUUAUUGCUCUUGCCAAGCCGACAGCCUUCUAAUAACUGUCCAGCUGCUAUCUGGGUACUGUAUGAAAAAGACUUCAUGUCAAACUGAGCUUCUGAUCUUACACAACAUCAUUAGUUAUCCCUGAUUUCUUUGAGUAGGUUAUUUUUGGCAGCGGCUGCAGCGUGACUGAUGCAGACAAGCAGAUCUGCCAGAGCCAGAGACCUCCACCAGAAAACACUCCCGUAUUUUCAGACGGCGAAUCUUGCUUGCGGACGUAAUCGGCCUGUUACGACUCGGUCAUGAGUGAAUGUACGGACAGGUCCUGCCUCAGUGGAAGUCUCCUCACUUCCCGGGGAUCGGUGGCAUUUCCUGUUUGAAGCCGUCUCCUCUUCCGCGUUGUUUGAUGCUCGCUGACUCCGGAGGCGACGGAGCGCGAAGCAUCAGGGAUAUCGGAUCUCCUCGUGUCAGAUGUUCAACCACCUCAGCCAACCGCGCAAAGGGAUUGUCAAUGAUGCCUUGGUAUAAAAUGGUGCCUCGUAAAAAUUGCUUCCAGAUUUUGCGGAUUGCUGUCAGAUCGCCGGAUAAGCAAUGGAUUCUUGUUAAUCUGUUAUGAGAUUUGGAGGGCUGAAAGAAGAGACUUCAUCUUAAACUCGGUAGCAACAAUAAAACCUAAAGACCCAGGCCUCAACUCCCUUCUUAGGGCAUCUCACAAGACGACUCGGGGGCAGUCGACUCACUCAGACAGACCGCACGUCUUGAAGCGGUCUGGCGUGAGCAGGGAUCGCAUGUGCUCUGUUCUCGUCCGUUGAUUGUUUGUUGCGAGGCAAAGGACCUCGGGAAACUGUUGUCUCUUGUGUUUGCAUGUGAAGAAGAAAAGUUUUGGAAAAGGGCUGCCUUCUCACCUGUAGGACCUGCUCUGAAAGCCCGAUCAAGGAAAAACAGUUGCAAUCAAGAACUUAAUCUCAUAGCUGGGGGCUCAGCUCAUUAUAACUGAAAUGAAUAUCAGUAUUGUUAUGAUUAUCAAAAUAAUUUAGAGCCAUAUCAAGGAGAAAGUCAUUCAGGUGGAUGAUCAGUCAACAUGGGAAUAUCCACUGACUAGCUUUGAAUAUUUAAAAUACUCUUUGUGCUGCACAGUGGCAAUCAAUCACAAUCAAUAACUGCUCAGUACAUGAAAGUAUAUGUCUGGGAUCUGUUCUGUAUCGUUCAUCUGCACAGCCAACAGCAACUUCUGAGGAGACUGCGGUCUUUGCUCUGUUGUUCAAAUGGCAUCAAAAUGGAUAAUAUUGCUCUUUUCCUUUUCAUCUUUUUAGCAGGUUGAUCCUGUAUUCUCUUGCAGCAGCUGGAUUAUAUGACACCUGGCCUUAAAAUGCAUCCCCUCUAUGCACAGUAACAUCCAUUUCCACGUUCCACCUCAAACCAAACGCACAUUAUCGCACGUCACCUCCUAAUAUUUAAAGCCUUUAAAAUGGACGGUCCAAACCUCAGCUUGCUCCCUGUCUAUUACUGAUGAGGAUGUUAUGAAUGUAUCUGAGCUGACGGCUUCCUGUUUGAUUUGAAUCCUCAUCACAUUUGUGCAUAAAGUUCAUUUCCAUUUGUGUUACUCCCAUGUAUAGAUUGGAGAGGCAUUGCAUUUCCACAUAGUUCUCUGGUGAUCUGCAGAGGUGGUUUGCAUCAUGAAAUGUUAAAUGCAUCCUAAGUCCUAAUUCAGACCUGGAUGUCGGUGAAGAUUCUCCAUCAUCCAGGUCAUGGCACCUCCAGUAGUGGGCAGCUGGACUGUGUAAUCUCUUAAUUCAAGAUUAUGCUGAUAGUCCAAUUGCCUUUGACCUGCUAUUAUUAGACAUUUCCAACAUGAUUUUAUAUGUUUUUGUGGAACUAUAACGGAUUUUCACCGGCAGCGAGGAAACUGAAAUCAGAGGAUUGCCGUUUAAACUGCAGCCAUCUACGAUCAAAAGUCUUUACAGUGCAUCAAAAGUAAAAUUGGUACCAUUGGUGUAUUAUUUCACAAAAGCUCAUUGGAUAUUUUACUACUCACGCUGCAGAGACUCACUUACAUUAUCGCUCAUGAGGUGGAUUAUUGUUGUUCAUAUAGUUGGAUCACAGUCACUUAAUAUUAGUGUAUCACAGCAUUAGUGGACAGCCAAGUACAACAGACGCUCUCUUUGUCUUUUGCUAUUGAAUUCUCAGGUGGCCAUCUCGUUGUUCUUGUGUGUGCUUAUGAAACUGACCACUAUAUAUAUUAAAAAAAAGAAGAAGAAGAAAAAAAAAACUGUGCAACAUGUUAUUACAAUAUGCCUUCGACUGCUUCAAAACAGGGAACUCUAUUAAAGGUACACUCGGGGAUGUAGCCGUUAAAAAAGCGAGGUGACACUGUGCAGAGAUGUUUCCAAAAAGGAGAAAUCUGCGCCGCCUAUAGAGCCGCCUGUGUAAGAGCAAAUCUAUCUAUUAAAAGAAAAUUCAUGCUUAUAAUAAAUACAUAUUACGGUACAAUUACAGAGAGGAGACGCAUGUUCCUGAUACCUCGAAGCAAAUCCCCUUGAUUAUGUUUCGGCUCUUCAGUAAACAUGGACUCCAUUUUCUUCGGUGCCUUUUUGCCGAUUUAAAGCUUUUCAAAUUUUCCCGUUUAUGUAACCCCCUAAACAGCCCAGCACAUUUUAAUUUCUACCACCAUAAGAGAAAAAACACUCCAAUUGCAUUAUGGUUAACAUUACAGUUUCCCAAAAAUACACUCAUCUGUGCUUCUCUGUGACAAUAUUGGCACUUCAGCCACAAAAUAAGAAGUGGGUUAAUGUAAGGAUGUAUAGAAUAGAUCUAAAUCGAUCUGUACCGCUGCACAUUGUGUUAUUUUCUCUCUUACCGGAGAUGGGCUAAGCAUUUUGACACACUGCCCAGGCCUGAUGGACUGUAGCUGAGCCACUGCUUUCUGGUGUCUUCCCCUUUGAAGUGUUUUAUUUUUCUCUCCUGUCACCAUCUCUUCUUCUCCUUUUGAAACAUCUCUCAGCAGAGUCACCCUGAACAACAGCCCCAGUGUGUUUUUGACAUCCUGAAGUCUACCAUUAAAAGAUUUUCUUGUAGCUCUGGAAGGGUGGAAAGCGUGCCAAAAAGCAAAAUAAUACAACAUGUCUCACUCAAUACUGUGUUUCUCUGUGAAAACAACUUUGUUUUUUUUUUCUGUUUUGUUUUGUUUUGUUUUUUCUGUUGUUGUUUUACAUGUUUAGCCCGUCAACGUUUUACAUGUCAAAGCUAAUGGACUGCCAAAUACAGAGACAGACUGUGUAAUGAACAUGCACUUACCACUAGUAUGUUGAAAGAAAUAAUCCUAGUGUUGAAGUGAA